AUGGCAACUUCCGCGAGUCUUUGUCCUUCUUGCCAGGGAUUUGAUAUUCAGGCAUUUGCCCGGCCGGGAAGCCCUUGGAUGACUACCAAAACGGCCCUUGUCAGAGAAGGGAGUCAGCAAGGAUGUCAUUUUUGCCAGUUCCUUAUCGGAGGAAAUGAUGAGAAUUUCUUUCGUGAGAAUGGUUUGUUGAAGCGUGGAUUCGAAUGGCUUCACUGGACCUCAGCAAGCCCUGCCGAUGUACCCAACAACAGCGGCUUAGCAGUACGGGGUAACCGUGGACUUGGAAUUUCUAUACUGCUUGUUAAACUUUCGAAAGAUCCGAAGCCUUCGUUGUUCUCUAGAGGCGACGGCUACAAUUUGUUCAAUCUGCACGCUGAUCAAGGAUACGGCGAUGGCUGGGUUCCUGCGAAAAUCACCAAGAGUGUUAUAUCUACCACCUUACCCAACGGGUUGAACUACACGUUAGAAGAGACUGGAGGCAGGUUGGGCGAGUACAUAUCCCUCAGUCAUCGCUGGAGCGAUCCGGAGACAAAGCGAUCGAGUACAUACCUGCGGAAUUAUCGCGAUCGCGUUGCAGGUAUACAGUCAGCAUUCCAAGACAUUGACCCUCUAUUCACGGAUGUCUUCCUGGUUGCCUCCAAGGUGGGCAUACCAUACGUGUGGAUCGACAGUCUCUGCAUUGUUCAAGAUAGUCCUCAGGACUGGAGAGCCGAGGCUGUCAAGAUGGCAGACUACUACCAAAAUGCUUCCUUUACUAUCAUGGCCGCCGUUCCCCCCAACAAAAGACCACAAGGUCUUUUUCAUGUACCGGAGGGGGAUUUGUAUCGCUUGGCUCGACUUCCGUAUCGGGACAAGGAGGGGAAUAAGAAAGGUCAUUUCUACGUAUCCUGUCAUCUUGACCCUGCCCGGGAGACCCACCGACACAACCAAAUACAGAAAAAUGACCUACUCUCUCGGGGCUGGGUGUUCCAAGAGUGGGCUCUGAGCCGACGAAUCGCCUGGUAUACAGAACAUGGCUUGACGCUGCGAUGCAAGUGCCGCAAUCUUCAGCAUCAAGGGGAGAGCCUUAUCAAUCUGGAUCCAAGUCCAGGUCUGCACCGAAUCCUUCCACUACUUGGUCUUGUAAUUCCCAAGCACCGCUGGGACCGUUACAAAGCUUCAGCUGCUCCCUUCCGAUCCCCCCUCGACUGGCAAUCGUUAGUAUCGCAGUAUUCGACGAUGCAGCUGACCAAGCCAGAAGAAGAUCGCCUUGUAGCCCUUAGUGGUGUUGCGCAAGAAUUCACCACUCAGGAGUCGUCUGCCAAGCUGGUCUGUGGCCUCAGGCCAUGGUGUUUGGGGGUGGACCUACUCUGGAAACAAGACGCAGCGGGUAUACACUCCCGUUACACCGAGUUCCCCUCUUGGUCAUGGGCUUCGGUCAAUACCCCGGUUUCUUGGAUCCGAACAGAUGAUGCGACAGAUUGCUUCAAUGUUCUUGCUGUAUCUUCUACGCCAGGUGGUCGUGCAGGAUUAACUGCUAGAACUGGCAGAAAUAACACGUCACCUACUACCACCCCAUCUAGUAUUGCCCAUCAGGCCAUAGCGACUGCUGUAUUUGCACCGGAGGCAUCUAUGAAUACCCUCAGCAUUCGCUGCCGUCUGCUGCUUGUUGUACUUGGCCCGGUCUUGAAAGGAAGAUCCAGAGAUCUUGUUUUCAGAGCUAGUCGUUACCCCGAGGAAGAACCACCAUUUGACAGCCAACCUCGAGCCGUAGGUCUACCCAAAGAGAAAGAUACUGUUGCAGGAUGGGGUUCUCUGGAAGAACCUGAUCUUCAACUCGAUGGCGCCUUUGCUAAAAACCCAACUAUAUUUGCUCUCUGCGUCUCGGUCCUUACGGUUCCGCGAGGCUCUGGGCCAUUUAAGACAUUGAACUUUUAUAUUGCUACCAUGAAGCAGUUUUCUAAGCUCAAGCAGAAACUGCGGUCCUCAGACUCGGCUAAUCAACACUCACCUCAGCCAGCCUCUGUGCCCUCAGCAGCUUCAACCAGCCAGAUCACGUGUCGAUCAUGCCAUCAGUCCACGGGAUCUUCUUUGACCGUGCCAAUCGUGGGCUCUCCGGCUAUUAUAUUAUCAUCCACUGCGACAACUGAGCCAGCAACUGUCUCUUCGCCUUCAGCGGAACCAGAAAACUCUAUUCCAAGUGUACCUGACCGACUGUGGAACAAAGCCUACAACAUCCUCGAGGAGAAAGAACCCGAGAUCAUCAAAAGCUACCAGGAGAUCCUGAAACUGGUGUAG